UGCUAGCGUCAUUCCCCCCACACCAAAGAGAAAAGUGAAGCUAAAGAACAAGUUAUGCCUUCCACCACACUUUAAAACCUUUUACCAACCAACUCCCAUCUUCUAGAGCUCGAAAGAGAGAGAAAGCACCCACACACUCGCCCCCAUCUCCUCCAUCUUCAGUCAAACUCCUAUAAAUCAAGCCCCAUCUUCUCCUUCCUCCUCAAAAAUCCCUUUUUUAGAGCAUAACAGAGCCAUGGGCCGCUCUCCCUGUUGCGAGAAAGCUCACACCAACAAAGGCGCCUGGACCAAGGAAGAAGACGAGCGCCUCAUCUCUCACAUCCGCUCUCACGGCGAAGGAGCCUGGCGCUCCCUCCCCCAAGCCGCCGGCCUCCUCCGCUGCGGCAAAAGCUGCCGCCUUCGCUGGAUCAAUUAUCUCCGCCCCGACCUCAAGCGCGGCAACUUCACCCACGAUGAAGAUGACCUCAUCAUCAACCUCCACAGUCUCCUCGGCAACAAAUGGUCUUUGAUAGCGGGAAGGCUGCCGGGGAGAACGGAUAAUGAGAUUAAGAACUACUGGAACACGCACAUAAGGAGGAAGCUCCUGAACAGGGGCAUAGAUCCGGCGACACAUCGGCCGAUAUCCGCCGUUGAUUUCUCCGGCGGCGGCGGCGGUGCGGCGGCGGAGAAGAGAAGCAGUCGCGGUAAAGGAGACAGAGUAAAGGUUGCUCGGCUCCCGCGGUGUCCUGAUUUGAAUCUUGAGCUCUGUAUCAGUGCUCCAUUGGAGGAGAUGCAGCACGAUUUACUGGUGGAGGAAAGUAAUUGUGGAGGUGAGUUUCUUAGGCUCGGCAGCAGCUUUCUGAUUGAUUACAGAAGGUUGGAGAUGAAGUGAUGGCCAUUGUUGCACUUUUUUUUUUUGUUUUUUUUUUUUUUUUUUGGGCUGAAAAUGUUGGGAAAGAUGAAGAUGGAAGAUCAGAACCCAUCUCUUAUCUUAAAUCUUGUUUAAUGUAAUUAUAAGUGGUAUUAUAAUUAAUUUU